CUGCGUUGGGCCUCUCUCCUUUAUUUUGUAUUCGGUAGCUCUCCAACUCCUGGCUUUUGCUCCCACCACCACCACCCUUUAUUUAAUUUUUUUAAAUAUUUUUAAUUUUUUUUUCUUCCUCCGUCUCUUGGACCUCAAUUCCAAACAUUUUCCAAACCAACAAAGAAAAGUUCGCACGCUGGCACCGCGGCCAGGACAGCCUGGCGCUCUGCUGCGGGUUCCCCCUACCCUUUCCUGGACACUUGACUCAACCUUGCAAGCAAGUGUGUAGAGUGUGUGGGUGUGGGAGGGUGGGUGGGAGGGUGAGCCCCCCACCCCCGCCCCUGAAACUUCUAUAGCAAAUAGCAAACAUCCAGCUAGACUCAGUCGCGCAGCCCCUCCCGGCGGGCAGCGCACUAUGCGGCUCGAGUGGGCGUCCUUGCUGCUGCUACUGCUGCUGCUGUGCGCGUCCUGCCUGGCCCUGGCCGCUGACAACCCUGCCGCGGCACCUGCCCAGGAUAAAACCAGGCAGCCUCGGGCUGCUGCAGCGGCUGCCCAGCCCGACCAGCGGCAGUGGGAGGAAACACAGGAGCGGGGCCAUCCGCAACCCUUGGCCAGGCAGCGCAGGAGCAGCGGGCUGGUGCAGAAUAUAGACCAACUCUACUCUGGCGGUGGCAAAGUGGGCUACCUUGUCUACGCGGGCGGCCGGAGGUUCCUGCUGGACCUGGAGAGGGAUGACACAGUGGGUGCUGCUGGUGGCAUCGUUACUGCAGGAGGGCUGAGCGCAUCCUCUGGCCACAGGGGUCACUGCUUCUACAGAGGCACUGUGGACGGCAGCCCUCGAUCCCUAGCUGUCUUUGACCUCUGUGGGGGUCUCGAUGGCUUCUUCGCAGUCAAGCAUGCGCGCUACACUCUGAAGCCGCUCUUGCGUGGGUCCUGGGCAGAGUCCGAACGAGUUUACGGGGAUGGGUCUUCACGCAUCCUGCAUGUCUACACCCGCGAGGGCUUCAGCUUCGAGGCCCUGCCGCCACGCACCAGUUGCGAGACUCCAGCGUCCCCGUCUGGGGCCCAAGAGAGCCCCUCGGUGCACAGUAGUUCUAGGCGACGCACAGAACUGGCACCGCAGCUGCUGGACCAUUCAGCUUUCUCGCCAGCUGGGAACGCGGGACCUCAGACGUGGUGGAGGCGGAGGCGCCGUUCCAUCUCCAGGGCCCGCCAGGUGGAGCUCCUCUUGGUGGCUGACUCUUCCAUGGCCAAGAUGUAUGGGCGGGGCCUGCAGCAUUACCUGCUGACCCUGGCCUCUAUUGCCAACCGGCUGUACAGUCAUGCAAGCAUCGAGAACCACAUCCGCCUGGCCGUAGUGAAAGUGGUGGUGCUGACCGACAAGAGUCUGGAGGUGAGCAAGAACGCGGCCACGACCCUCAAGAACUUUUGCAAAUGGCAGCACCAACACAACCAGCUAGGUGAUGACCAUGAGGAGCACUACGAUGCAGCCAUCCUGUUCACCAGAGAGGAUUUAUGUGGGCAUCAUUCAUGUGACACCCUGGGAAUGGCAGACGUUGGGACCAUAUGUUCUCCGGAGCGCAGCUGCGCUGUGAUUGAAGAUGAUGGCCUCCAUGCAGCUUUCACUGUGGCUCACGAAAUUGGACAUCUACUUGGCCUCUCUCACGACGAUUCCAAAUUCUGUGAAGAGAACUUUGGUUCUACAGAAGACAAGCGUUUAAUGUCUUCAAUCCUUACCAGCAUUGAUGCAUCCAAGCCCUGGUCCAAAUGCACUUCAGCCACGAUCACAGAAUUUCUGGAUGACGGUCAUGGUAACUGUUUACUAGAUGUACCACGGAAGCAGAUUCUGGGCCCCGAGGAACUCCCAGGACAGACCUAUGAUGCCACCCAGCAGUGCAACUUGACAUUUGGGCCUGAAUAUUCUGUGUGCCCUGGCAUGGAUGUCUGUGCACGGCUGUGGUGUGCUGUGGUGCGCCAAGGCCAAAUGGUGUGUCUGACCAAGAAGUUGCCUGCCGUGGAGGGCACUCCCUGUGGGAAAGGAAGAAUCUGCCUGCAAGGCAAAUGUGUGGACAAAACUAAGAAAAAAUAUUACUCGACAUCAAGCCAUGGAAAUUGGGGGUCCUGGGGCCCCUGGGGUCAGUGUUCUCGCUCUUGCGGGGGAGGAGUACAGUUUGCCUACCGCCAUUGCAAUAACCCCGCACCUCGAAACAGUGGCCGCUACUGCACAGGGAAGAGGGCCAUAUACCGUUCCUGCAGUGUCAUACCCUGCCCACCUAACGGCAAAUCUUUCCGCCACGAGCAGUGUGAAGCCAAAAAUGGCUAUCAGUCCGAUGCAAAAGGAGUCAAAACAUUUGUAGAAUGGGUUCCCAAAUACGCAGGUGUCCUGCCGGCAGACGUGUGCAAGCUUACGUGCAGAGCUAAGGGCACUGGCUAUUACGUGGUCUUUUCUCCAAAGGUUACAGAUGGGACAGAAUGUAGACCCUACAGCAACUCCGUGUGUGUCCGAGGGAGGUGCGUGAGAACGGGGUGUGACGGCAUCAUCGGCUCAAAGCUACAGUAUGACAAGUGUGGAGUGUGUGGAGGGGAUAACUCCAGUUGUACAAAGAUUAUUGGAACCUUCAAUAAAAAAAGCAAGGGUUAUACUGACGUUGUGAGGAUCCCUGAAGGAGCAACCCACAUAAAAGUCCGACAGUUCAAAGCCAAAGACCAGACUAGAUUCACUGCUUACUUAGCCCUAAAGAAGAAAACUGGCGAGUACCUUAUCAACGGCAAGUACAUGAUCUCCACUUCAGAGACCAUCAUCGACAUCAAUGGUACCGUCAUGAACUACAGUGGGUGGAGUCACAGAGAUGAUUUUUUACAUGGGAUGGGCUAUUCAGCCACAAAGGAAAUUCUGAUUGUGCAGAUCCUUGCAACAGACCCAACUAAAGCAUUAGACGUCCGUUACAGCUUUUUUGUUCCCAAGAAGACCACUCAAAAAGUGAAUUCCGUCAUUAGCCACAGCAGCAACAAAGUGGGACUACACUCCCCGCAGCUACAGUGGGUGACAGGCCCCUGGCUGGCCUGCUCUAGGACCUGUGACACAGGCUGGCACACCAGGACCGUGCAGUGCCAGGAUGGAAACAGGAAAUUAGCUAAGGGAUGCAUUCUCUCUCAGAGGCCUUCUGCGUUUAAGCAAUGUUUGCUCAAGAAAUGUUAGCCUGUGGUUUAGUCUAACGCACAAAAAUAACCGGGAGGUCAUCACAGACGCACUUGUGGGGAAGACAAGGCCUACCCAAAGCACAGAAAGUCAUGCCCUCAUGUCCCCUGUCACCGUGAGUCGAAUUAUGGGCAGAAUCUGCUCUCUGCGACCAAAAGAAUGACUCUAUUUGGUGCAAUGAAGGUGACCUUGGGAUAACAGAAAACAUGGGAGUUAUGGAACAUCCCUGGGCCUACACAAAGGAGGCACACAAUGAUGAAUGUAGAAGCGGGGACAUCUGAAGAUGGCAGAGAAGUCUUGUCACCUACCUCUUAUAGAAUGUCUUCAAAGGCACCGUGAUCAUGGUCAUCCGUGACACUCAGCUUAUCUUUACUGUCUGUAAAUGCAUCUGCCCUUGGUAUGUCACUUUAUAAACUUGGUCCUAUUAAUAUAUACAUAUGUGUAUGUAUAUAUGUAUAUGUACAUAUAUAUACACAUAUAUGUAUAUAUACACAUAUAUAUACAUAUAUAUAUAUAUUGCUACAACAAAAUAUUUGACCAAAGUAGGCCUACAGCUAUUUCAACUAAUAGUUUCCAGAAAGAGCUGUGGAAGAUUUACUGGAAAUUAAGAACUUGCUGCUGUUAAAUAAGACUUUGUAUAUUUCUGGUCUGCAGGAGAUAACAUUUUAGUUAGAAAAAAAA